GGGAACAGCCGCAUCGAUUCCGAUAGAGCCGCGUGCAGUUCGCGGUGGAUCAGGUCUGAGACACGUGGGUUCCCGGCGAUUAGCCAGAAGAACCAUGUGAGGGCAGUGGAAGUGGUGUCCUUCCCGGCGAGGACGAAACUGAUUACUAUGUCUCUGAGAAAUUUGUGCCUCUGUUUUUCGCCUUCGAACUCCAUUGACGAGCUCCAGACCAUGAAUCUCGCCAGCAGAUCUUGAUGGUUCUGGAUUUCGAUUUCUUUUGAUUCAAUGACUCGACGAGCGAAAUCGUUGAUCGUGUUGACCGACUCUUUGAACCGCCUCUCCGACCCGAGAUUGAGAAACCUCUUGAGCUUCCAAAACAGAGGAACAGG